AUGGAAGUUGAAGUCAUUUCCAAAGAGUGUGUCAAACCAUCUUCUCCAACACCACCCCACUUGAAAACAUUCGAGCUUUCUCUUUUAGACCAGCUUCAUAUUAUCCCUUAUGUACCAGUCAUCUUCUACUACCGUAUCCAUAAUGGCCACAAUAUUCUCCAAGCGCAAGAAAAGUCAUUAGCUCUGAAGGGAUCUCUAUCUGAAAUCCUGACACAAUUUUACCCACUUGCUGGAACAGUCAAGGACGAUCUUUCUAUCGAUUGUAAUGAUGUUGGUGCUUAUUAUGCCUUAGCGUUGGUCCGUCUUCGGCUCAAUGAGUUUUUGUGCCAUCCCGAUCUCAGUUUGACCGACAGGUUGUUGCGGUUUCGACCUAGUUUCGAGGCGUCUGGUAUAGGUGGUCGUGUGACAAGUGUGCAGGUGAACAUUUUCGAAUGUGGUGGGAUUGCUAUCGGCCUUUGUAUUUCACACAAGAUUGUUGAUGCGGCUACACUCUACACCUUUUUAAAAGCAUGGACUAACAUGGCUUGUGGAUCUAAAGAAGUGGUGUAUCCAAACUUAAUUGGUUCACGUUCCCUCUUCCCUGCAAAAGACUUGUGGCUUAAAGAAGCAAUGGCUGUGAGGACCAAGGAUGUCAUCAAUUUUACAAGCUGGUGCAAGAUGGGUUUCUAUGACAUAGAUUUUGGUUGGGGAAAACCGUGUUGGGUGACUGGUGUUAUAGGCGAUGGCUGCCCAGUGUUCCUGAAUCUUAUCAYUCUAAUGGACACAAAAUGUGGUGAAGGAAUAGAAGCAUGGGUGAAUAUGGAUGAAGAAGAGAUGAAGAUUCUACAAAGCAAUUCAGAGCUAUUGGCAUUUGCUUCAUUAGAUCCAAGUCCUCUACCAAAAGAUGAAGUUGUUGCAUUAAACAAGCCACAUGCCAUGAAUACUGAAAUAGAUCCCAUCAAGUAA